AUGGCGGCGGCCGCCAGCGCCGGUGAGCAGGCAAUAGAAAAACAGCUGAAGAUCUGCGGCUUUAAGAGGAAUGGGGAUGUCUUGGUAUUGUGUCUGGCUGGACAAGGACUAAGAAGUAUCCCAAGUCUAUCACAAUUUCAUAGGUUGAAGUAUUUGUGGAUUAACAGCAAUAAGAUCCAAGAUUUAACUUUCUUGAUCAAAAACUAUUGCUUGACUGAACUCUAUCUCAACAAUAACGAACUGACAGAUGUAUCAGGUGCUCUGAAACACUUACAUUCGUUAGAGAUUCUGUUGCUUCACAACAACCAGCUAAAACAACUUGACAAAACAGUGAAGGAAUUGAAAGGAAUGAUAAGCUUGAAGACCCUAAAUCUAUUCCAUAACCCUCUGGCACAAGACCCAGACUACAGGCUUUAUGUGAUAUACUUACUUCCUUCAGUACAGCUCCUUGACAGAAAGUUAGUUACACAGAAAGAAAGGCAGUCAGCACUUCAUCUUCAUAACCAUGAAAGGUCUUGUGUCGUGCAGUCAGUAGCUUUUGGAAAGAGAGUAAACACACCCCUGAGGACCACAGUGGGAUUUAGCAGAAGCACUCAACCAGCCAGAAGACUGAUGAUGCCCUCAGGUUAUGAAUUUGGAAAUCACACAAAUAAAGUACCCUUUGAGAACCCUGAAGAUGCCAUUUUACAUCGGGCAAUGACAAGAUCUCUAAUGGAAUUUUCCUCUGUUGAUUGGAACAAAGUAGCCACCUGUCAAGAAAGACGGCUUCUCAAAUCAGGAGAACACCAUGAGAAGCUGACUGUCCAAUUUAGAUAAGUCCUUUCUUCCAGAAGAAAAAAAAUAUUCCUCUUUCGAGGAUGGAGAAGAGCCCCUUAAGUAACUUAAUAUCUCUAUAAACCAAGUACACUAAAACAUGCAUUUAGUUAAAUGAACGUUCAGAAAAACAGUAUUAGUGUAGCAUUCAUUUCGUCAUCAGAUUUGCAAUAUGAAGAGAGAAGAAAUUAAGAAAACAAAUGCUAAGUAGUGACGACGUUACAAUAAAAGUUGCUUGGAAUGCAAUUCUCACCAUACUUUUGUUAUCAGAAAUUAUUAAAGCUGAACUGCAAGUUAAUUUUUAAGA